AAAUCAUAGAAAAAACUGUAAACAAAAAACAAAAGAUAGGAAAAGUAUUAAAAAUGAAUAUUAGAUAAAAAAUAUUAUUUACUGUAUUAUUACAGAUAUAUAAUUUAUGUUAAGGUUAAGUAGCAGAUGACUGUAAUAGCUAAAGAGGUUAAUACUUUGACUUUUCACAAAAUUCAUGUUUAUAAUGCUAGAAUUCAUGUUACAAUUGCUUAGAUCAAAAUAAAUGUUCAUCAUGCAAUUUAUAGACAUUUUUGGACUACUAAACUAGCCAGUGCUAAAAUUAAUGCAAAGAAGGUGAGUAUUAAUCGAGCUUUUUUGGGGAAUGCUAAGAAUGUGAAAUUUAGAAUUGUCAAAUAUGCGACUCAUCUUCUACUUGCAAAUAAUGUUAGUAAGGUUGGAGUCUAUCAUAAGAUUAAAAGGCGUGUCUUAAUAAUAUUUGCUUUUAGAAUUCAAAUUAUUUUUACAAUCCUUCAACAUAGCAAUGCUUACUAUACUGUCAAGAAGGAUAAGAUGAUAAUAAUAAUAGAGUUUGUAAUCCUUUUGUUUAAAUAGGUGAUAUAUAUUCCUAAAUAAUACCUUCUCACCUCUAUAGUAGCUGUAUUAUUUAUAAACUUAAACUAUUUACUGUAGAAGGCAAAAAAUAAUUGAUUGUUCUUUGUGAGAAUCAAAUCAUAUUUUAUAGUUUAGAAAGUUUGGUACCACUGCAAAUGAUAAAUCUAAGUGGAAUCUUAAUAGAUGCUGUUUAAUAAGAUAAUUUAAUCUAUAUUUUGUUAUAAUCAAAUGGCGAAGGUAUAGUUGCAAUAUUAAAUCUUCUGAAUCAAGAAAUAAACUAUUAAAAAACUUAAUUAUAGUGUACUUUAUAAUAAUUUAGUGGCUAUUAACUUACUUGCUUUGAAGACGCUUACAAAUUAACUUAGUUAGAUAUUUUCAGUUUAAAUUAAAUUAGUUUUAACUAUUCAACAGAUAAUAUAAUAAUAGUUACAAGUUUUACAUAAAAUGAUUUGCAAUAAAAUGAGUAGUAAUAAAACAGUGGUAGAAUAUUAGAUGCAAAAAAUAAUAAUGAUGAUCUACUUGAUAAAAAAGAUUAUUUUAGAAAUCUAUAGACAGGACAAAUUAAUUUUGAGCCUUAGCAAAAUCAAGAUAAAAUAUUCAUAAAACCAUUAGAAAUUCCUUUAUUAUAGUAUCAAUAAAUUAAUUUAAAUAGUAUAUUCUAUUACUUCAAAUCAUAUAAUGAAAUUGGCAAAUUAGUUGUUUUCAAACCUAGCACAAAUUAAUUGUAUUAUUUGGAUAUUACUAAUCCAAAUAAUCCUUUAUUAGCUGCUAAUUUAGUAAAUGUAGGUAGUCUAGUGUGCUAUAGUUAAAUUAAUAAAACAGUUACAUUUGUUUUAUCUUAAAAUUAUACUAAUUAUUACAGUUACUUAGCAAAUAUACAGUAUAAUUAAUCUUCUUCUGAAUAUUAUAUCUAAAUGAUAAGAAAAUUAGAUCAUAGCUAAGGAAAUUUAAAUUUAUGUCUUAUUGACAGCUAGACUCUUUUAACUGUUACUGCAAAUAAGUUAGGAUGCUAAAUUUAUAACUUGAAUAAUUCAGAUACCAAUUUGUAAUUUAGUUAUAAUUUUACUACGAAAAAUAAUUUAAUCAUAGAAUAGGCAUUAAUAAUUGAAAGUUCUUUCAUAAUUACUAUAACUUAAGUUAAUACAAUUAAUACAUUAGUAAAAGUUAUUCCUUAUAAUUAAAAUGGAUUUUAAACUAAAGAUAUCAUAAAUUAUCAAAUUUCGAUCAAUUAUUUUGGUUAAAUUGCAUUAAUAAAGUCAGUGUUUUAUGAUUAAUACAAUUAAAUAUUGUAUAUAUCAAAUUAAUAUGAAAUCGAAAUAAUAUCAGCUGAUUCAAAAUAGGAAAAACUUUAUGCUAAUGUUUAAGGAAGUAAAAUGAGUUUAAAUUAUGGUUAAUUAAUAGAUCUUCAUUAUUCUGAUACUGAUGGAGCUACAUAUCUUACUUAUAAGUAUGGAUUUAGCAUUAUUUAUGAUGACUUUAAAAAGCAACCGUUUACAAACUAUAUUCAUAAAUAGCUCUAUAAAUCAUAAAUAUUCGAAUAAUACUUUUUCUUAAUAAGCGAUUUUUAUUGUAUAAUUAUUGAUACAAAAUAAAAAAAGAUAUUAACUUUUAAUAUCGAUUUAUCUAACGUUACAUAAUUAUAAUUUAAAUCAAAUAAAUAUUAUGUUUUAGCUGUUUAUAAAAAUCAAAAUUCUUAAUACUCAAUUUUCAUUGUUUAAGGAUAUAAUUAAAUUUUAUCAUACUAAUUUGAAUCUGAUCCAAAUUUUGAAAAUCAAUCAUUUUUUUAAUUUGGUAAUAGAAUGAUUUCAUAACUAGAAGAAGGUAUUUUUAGAUAGUAUAUAAUUUAAGCAUAAUAAUUAGAAAAAGAGUAUUAGUUUACGGGUUUUACUCUUAAUAACAAUAUUCCAAAUAGUCAAAAUUAGUAAAUUAUUAAAGUAGAAGGUUAAAUUACUUAACUAAUAGCUUUUAAUUAUGAAACCUAAUCUAUGAUUUAUUACGAUUAUACAGCUAAACCUAAUACAUUUUAUGUUGUUUGUAGCAUAAAUACCUAUACUAAUACUAUUUACGGUUUUAAAGAAUCAAACUGUGAUUUAUGA